CGAUUACCCACCAAAAAAAAGACCAUUCUGGAUGGAGAUUAGAUUAUUAGGGAGUGCACUGACACGGUGGAUUGUGGAUUGUGUUGAGGCGUAGAUAGAAAGAAAGCAAAAAGGAAAAAAUGUUGAAGGUGAAGGUGUAUGCGGACCGCAUGUCCCAGCCAUCUCGUGCCGUUCUUAUCUUCUGCAAAGUUAAUGGAAUAGAAUUCGACGAGAUUAAAGUUGAAAUCUCCAAAAGACAGCAGUUAUCUCCCGAAUUUGCAGCUAUCAACCCUUUCAAGAAACUCCCUGCUAUUGUUGAUGGAAGGUUCAAGCUAUUCGAGAGUCACGCAAUUCUUAUCUAUCUCGCUUCUGCCUUUCCUGGUAUUGCUGAUCAUUGGUACCCAGCUGAUCUUUCUAGGAGAGCUAGAAUUCACUCUGUGUUGGAUUGGCAUCACCUGAACUUGCGCCAUGGGGCAGCUCCAUUUGUUCUACAUAGUGUGCUAGCUCCAGUACUGGGCCUACCACUUAACCCAAAAGCAGCUGCAGAAGCAGAGAAAAUUUUGAUAUCAUCACUGUUAAAAUUAGAGAAUAUAUGGCUUAAGGGGAAUGGUCGGUACUUACUUGGCAACUUGCAACCGUCUAUAGCGGACCUCAGCCUCGUCUGUGAAAUUAUGCAAUUAGAGCUUUUAGAUGAGAAGGAUAGAGAACGUAUUCUUGGCCCGCACAAGAAAGUUAAGGAAUGGAUUGAGAGCACAAGACAUGCAACGAGGCCUCAUUUUGACGAAGUUCAUAAGGUCCUCUAUAAGGUCAAAGAGAUCAUUCGGGCGAACCAAUCUAAUCAGGGAGAUGGCGUGAUGCAAUCUAAGACUAAAGCCCCGCUACCUUCAAAGAUGUGACUAAACAGCCAUGCCAUUAUCCUACUUGUGACAAACUUCAAAUGAUGAUGUGGAUGAACCUCGUGCCUCUGGACUUUGGGACCUCCUUUUUAAACUGCUCAAACAAAUAUGAUUGCCCUUUGAAGGAUUCUAUCGAGUCUGAAGUCUAAGUGCAGAUUUGACAUCAUAUAUUAUAUUGGCCUGUACUUUACAUUUGUGCAAAACCUUUUGGACAAGCUGGUAAAAAUUCUUGUAAUAAAUGCUGGUUUCUUUUACACCUUGCAGACACAUUAUAUAGUUGGAUGUAUGUUUAUACUCAGAUAGUCAUUCUGAUUCUUAGUCC